AUGCCAGGCAAAUACGACGAUGCACCAUUACCAUUCACGUCCACCGCUCCUCUACCCACUCGACGACCCACGUUAUCAAAUAACAAAUCGAACAAUAACGUCAAUGGCAGAUCAGCUACAUUGAAGCGUGGUAAAACACUGACUAGACCGGAAAGACAUGUCGCACCCGUUCCAUUGAUCGCCCCACCACCAACAGCGUUUUCGAAUUCAAAUAACGCUUCUUCAUCUUCUAGUUUCCCACUUUCAUCUUCGACGACAAACGGAUUAGAUUGGUGGAUAGUAUGGUGUUACGCUACGACAUGGUGGGCACCACCGAUAGUCCUAAAAUGGUUUGGAAUAAAAGAGAAACAAAGCAGACAGGCUUGGAGAGAAAAAGUGACUCUUUGUUGGAUAGCAAUUCUGUUAGGUGGUAUAGUCGGUUUCGUCACUAUGGGUCUGCAGAAAGCUUUAUGUCCCGAUGGUGGUAAUCAAGGUCAUUUAUAUGAUAGAUUGGGUGAAGAUGACUUAACACUCAGUAUUUCGGGAUAUGUAUUCAAUGUAUCCACAUCGAAAACGCAGGAAACGGUUGAUUUCUAUGCUUUAUCAAAACAAAUGGCAGGUCAAGAUAUCACGAAUCUCUUCACUCGUACAAUAGCAGAUUAUCCACAAUGUCAAUCAACGGCCAAAUACACCACCUCGCCUUUCUGUGCAAAUUCCACUACGACGACUACUAGUACAACGACUUCUACAACAGCCGAUUGUCCAUUAGAUAAACCAGGAGAUUCAACAUUUUCUGCAUUAGGUAUACAGAACACGUCCAAGAUAGAAGGAUAUAGUUGGGAACAAGUUGCGGCAUUGAAAGAUUAUUUGGUUCUAGAUGGUGUCGUAUUGAACAUGUCACCAUAUCUACUUGCUAAUCCAACAGCUAUUCAAGGGGAUGAAGUAGACACUGCUAUUCGUCAAGUACUCUCAAAUCAAUCAACAUCCGGUAAAGAUGCCACAAGAUUGUUUUAUCAUAGAAAAGCAAUGCAAGAAUCAAUACCAUGUAUGCAAGCAAGAUAUGCCGCUGGACGAAUAGAUAAAGUAGCUCCUGGUUGUUUCGUAGCAAGUUUAUUCCUUUACACUUCACUAGGUGUAAUCCUAGGUGUCGUGGUUGUAAGAUUCAUCAUGGCUUGUAUAUUCAACUGGUUCAUUUCAGCAAGAUUGGUUCUACCACCUAGAGAUUUAGCUAGAACAGCAAUUAGUCCAGCUGUAAUGCCUGAAGGAGCCAACAUGUCUGUUCACAAUAAAACUGGAACGGCGCCUUGGUCAAAUUCAAAUACGAAUUCGAGUAAACAAAAAGUAAAAAAUGGGAAAAAGAUCAACGGAUUACCAAAUUCAUCUUCUACUACACUAGUCAAUAACCCGUCAUCACCUGAACCAUUAAUAUCGUUAGCCAAAAUUGGAGCAGAAUUAUUCACUGUUUGUUUGGUAACUUGUUAUUCUGAAGGAGCCGAUUCAGUCAAAGGUACAAUAGAUUCAAUCGCAUCAACGAAUUAUUCAGAUUCAAGAAAAUUGAUUUGGGUAGUUUGUGAUGGUAUGAUUACUGGUCAUGGAGAAAAAAUGUCAACACCAGAUAUAUGCGUAGCUUUAAUGGAUGCUGAUCCGAGAUUUGGGAAUCCGAUGCCAAUGGGCUAUAUAGCUGUUGGUAUAGGUGCCAAAAGGGAAAAUAGAGCAAUGGUUUAUGCUGGACAUUAUGUCUCAAAGAACGGUCAUAGGACACCAACAAUCAUAGUCGUGAAAUGCGGUAUGCCAUCAGAAGCAAGGGAUAAAAAACCUGGUAAUCGUGGUAAAAGAGAUUCUCAACUUAUUCUCAUGAAUUUCUUCUCAAGAGUAACAUACAAUGAUAGAAUGUCUCCAUUGGACUUCGAUAUUUUUAGGAAAGUUCAGACUUUGACGGGUGUAACGCCUGAUUACUUUGAGACUUGUUUGAUGGUUGACGCGGAUACCCGCAUCUACCCCGACUCGCUUCGAUACCUGGUCAACUGUAUGCACAAAGACAACAUGAUCAUGGGAGUAUGUGGGGAAACUCGAAUAGCAAACAAGCGACAAUCAUGGGUGACAGCAAUUCAAGUCUACGAAUAUUUCAUCUCACAUCAUCAUGUCAAAGCAUUCGAGUCUGUCUUUGGUGGUGUGACAUGUUUACCUGGUUGUUUCAGCAUGUACCGAAUCAAAGCUAGAAAAGAUACCGAUAACGAUUGGGUACCGAUUUUGGUGAAACCUGAGAUCGUUUCUGAAUAUUCACAAUCCGAAGUUCAUACCUUACAUCAAAAGAACCUUUUACUCCUAGGAGAAGAUCGAUUCUUAUCAACGAUAAUGUUACGUACUUUCCCUCGAAGAAAGAAUAUUUUCUUACCUCAAGCUAAAUGUCGUACUGUUGCACCGGAUACUUUUUCAGUGUUAUUGUCACAAAGAAGAAGAUGGAUCAAUUCGACAGUACACAACCUGAUGGAAUUAGUAAGAGUGAGGAAUCUAUGUGGAACUUUUUGCUUUUCGAUGCAAUUUGUGGUAUUCAUGGAUCUAGUGGGAACGGUAGUUUUACCAGUGGCUAUCUGUUUAACAGGAGCUUUAAUCAUCAAUUCAAUUAUAGAUCCACCAAAUUCAUUCCAAGAAGCUAUUCCUUUGAUGUUAUUAGCGGCAGUAUUGGGUUUACCAGCAAUUUUGAUUUUAAUCACUACUAGAAAAGUCAUUUAUGUGGCUUGGAUGGUCGUUUAUCUAUUCGCAUUACCGAUUUGGAACUUCGUACUACCGGUCUACUCGUUCUGGCAUUUCGAUGAUUUCUCAUGGGGUGAGACUAGACGAGUGGAAGGAGAAGUCCGAUCAAAAGGACAUGAUGACAAGACGGCUGUCUUUGAUGGAACGACGGUACCGCUGAGAAGAUGGGAAGAUUGGGAGAAAUCAAGAUUGAGAAAAUUGAGACGAGAAGAGAAAAGGAGAAGAGAUAUGGAAAGAACUUUCGGUGCUGGAUUCCAUGGAGAUAACGAUGGAUUAGGACCUGGGCCAAGAGGUGCAUGGGCGAGAAGUGAAUAUGAAAGUGAUUCGGGGAGUGUCUUCGGUAGCGAAGAAGAUGUAUGGGGUGCUGAGAUUGGUGGUUAUAACGAGAACAACCCAGCAUUCCCACCACCACCCAUCGCUUUACCUGCUGAUUCGUACAACCAUGAUGAUCUCGGAGGUCAGACAUUAGGAAUGGACGAAAUGGCAGCUAUAUUAGAUUCAGGAUUUGAUGAUCGACCUCAAGCUUCUUUCAGACCAAAUGGAAAUAUACCAAGUCCACUUCACAGACAUCAACAUGAUUUCACUUCACCAACACUUUCCAACACCCACACCAAUGGAUAUAUGGACAUGAAUACGAACAUGAACAUGAAUGGAUCAGGACCUAGAACACCUGAUAUGCCAACUACUGCCAAUAGUGUCUCUUCUUCGAUCGAAAGCAGACCACAAGGGAAUGGACAUGCUAAAAAAAGAUCUGGAGGUGUUAAUUCUCAACAAGCUAGAAAAUACGGUCCGUUAGGUCCUCUAGCGGAUGAUGAUACGGGCUGGGGGAAUGGGAAUCCAAAUGGCAAUACAAAUGGAUUCAAAGGUCGUAAAUUGUAG